CGAAUGCAUCUAUGAAGGAUCCGUUCAGCAGCCGCUAAUGGAAAACCCAUCUAUUUUACAACAGCAGAAGCCAGGUUUGACUGCUAAUUCGUCGCAGACUGAAUCUUUUGUACCGGACACACUAUCCUCAGACUACACGACACAUGCAUAUAAUACAUCUUCCAGUUCGUCAGAUGUGCAUCAAUCCAGCGAUGAGCGGGGCGCAAACGAUUCGAAUACCGAAAAGACUCCGGUUUCUAAUAGUACUAAUUCAUGGCAGACAGCUCUAGAUUUCCAGUGCUCUUCUUUAGAUGAGGAUGAUGGGGCUCAAACUGGGGCUUCGACAGAAUUAUUGCAUACAUAUCAAGUGUUUACUACAUCAAAAUUUGCGGCGGGUCUUCUUUCGCAGGCUAUAUCUGCCUUUCCACAGAUGAUGUUGCGCCGACAGACAUUUCCACCCUUCAUACACGCUCAUUGGCAUUUGCCAUCAUUGCCCGAGACCUUGGCCAAUUGCAUGAGCAUAGCACAGCUUUUCGCUACUCGGACAACUGAGACAAGACCGUUCCUUUGGCGGACAAUUGGGAUUGAAGUUAAGCGCCUGCAAGAUGAAGUGGAAUUUGCCACGCUGCUUGAUCUCCAAAAUGCGCUGCAAUCCGUAAUACUCUUUGUCAUCAUGGCAAUUGUCGACCAAGAUUCCGGCACAUUAUCUUUAGCGCCGAAUUUUUUCCUAAUGUUCAAAGUGCUGUGUAACCGAUCUCGCGAUAUUCUUGGAGGCAGCUGUUUUACAUAUCCAGGAGAGGCUUUGCCGACUACAAGUUGGGAAGACUGGAUCUAUGCUGAAACCCGACGCAGAAUUAUUUGCGUCUGGUUUUUAAUAAGCCGGAUCCUUUCUGUACGCGCAGGCGGCAGCCCCAUGCCUCAGUAUCCGAUGAAUUUACUGCCUGUGGUUUCUAGUAAAACAGUCUGGGAAGCCCGCAGUACUACAGAGUGGCAAACUGAAAAGGCAUUAUACGACGCAAGCGAUCCCAUGACCUCGUUUGAGGAGCUUGUCAACGCAAAGAGGCGGUCGAAUCAGCCAUAUUAUCGACGGAAAUUGGAAACAUGGGACGCGGGCGCGGACAAGAUGGGUACAUUGCUGAACAUUGCGGCGGAGUUGAUGUAGGCUGUACGUCCUAGACAGCAAAUAGCUAACCCUAAUUUUUAAUAGUACAUUUGCAUAGGUACUUAUUCAGAUGUUGAGCUUG